AUGGCCGAGCCCAUUUUCCGUAGAGGUAGUUUUGGGAUGGAAGCUAGCUUGAAGACGGUGAUUCCUACUAGCGAUGCUGCUCAGCAAUUUCAGGAGGUACUGAACCGCCCAGAACGGCCUGCCCCAUCCCGCCGAUCUUCACUCCGUACCGUCCCAUCAGCUUUUUCUCCGCCCCCUCCUCCGCCCCCGCCCCCAAGCUCUGUCUUAGAGUCUAUGCGUAUGGCACCACAUGCAGCAUCUAUGCGUUCCCCUUCUCCUUCUCCUAUCGUUGAUAUGUCUGGUGGUACCGAUACAAGGAAAAUACAUCAUUCCCCCAUUCGCUCUCCUCCUUCAUUAAGUUCCGCUCCACGACGAAAUUCUUCACAGGCAGAGCAUUUCAUGCGCUCUAGUCUUUCACCACCGCCCUCCGCAAACAAAAGGGCGUACUCCUUUGCCAAAGAACAAGCGCGGAAGCCAACCAUGCCUGGUGGGCCAAUCAUUCCACCCAGCCGCACGAAUUCAUGUCCACCGGACUCGGAUAUGUUUCCGACACGAGGUAUGCGCUCUAAUUCGGACGGCUACACCAGCGCAUCGACAUCAUUUAUGACCGAGUGCUCAGUGAGCCCGACGAGCCCCGACUCUAGUCAGCCGUCGGAUAUCGAGGAGAUUCACGUUCCGCAUAUCAAAACAAAAGCGCCCGAGCAAGCUUCUCUCAGCCUUGCCGCUCAACUUGAAAUGGAGUCUCGCAGACUUGAACUGGUAUGGCAGGAAACCGAAAAGCAGUGGAGGGAUAAGCAUGGAACUACACUCCCACGCUCGCAAGACAUGGCGUUCCGACGAAAGAUAGAGAACGGUGUCACUAUCAAGGACGAGAGCCCAAUAGACAAGGAGUGGCGAGACAUGUGGAAGAAUACGAACAACUGUUGGUCAGAGUCUGAGGCACGCUGGCGCAAGGAGGACGGGCACAAGCGGACAGCCUCGCGAAAUGACGAUUCGCACUUCCAUACUGCUCAUUUGGACUCUCGGAACAUGUCAAUUGCUGAUGACGAUAAAGUUAUGAACGCGAUAAUGUCACAUUUUGAGAAGGAAAUGGAGAAGAGGCGCCAACGGGCCGAGCGAAAACGACUAGAAGAGGUGGAGCAGGCCGAACGCAAGCGACGCGAGGAGGAGAGCGAUGCUUGGAGAGCGACCAUUGAACGUGAAAGCGAGUCGCGUCGCUCUUCCAGUCAGGGUGUCGUCAAAGACCACCAUGUUGAACACAGCUGGCUUCCAGAUAGGCUCCUGCGCCCCGACAUCACGCGCACCCGUUCCUCCAGCGUCAUUGUCGAAGCUCGUCCGGUGUUUCAGCGGUCCCGGUCCGGCAGCGUCGCGACUAUCGUGGAUCCCUUGUCCAGCGAUGUCGGCGUAAACCCUCUUCCAACAAACCUGGGCCCGCCGGCUAUGGAGCAUGCACGUGUUAAACGUAGCAGGUCUAGCCGCGAAUCGAGAGAGAGUUUCGAUUUACCCUUAGCAGAGGACCCAGUUCGAGCCCAAGGCGAGAAACAACGCAGUGAAGAACUUAAGAAGAAUUACAUCGGUACGGCUCGUCAGCAACACUAUGCACCUGCUACCGAGUCUUCCGACUCUGCUGCCUCUGACGAGACUGAGCGGGACAUUCCUCGUCCCAAGGGUCACCAGCGCGGCCACUCUGCUACCUCCAACGGAGAAUCUCACAGUCCUCGCCCAUCGUUAUCACCUUCCGUCAGCACGCGCGAUGUUCCCUCGGCUGUCCAGCAAGAUUCCGGGCUCUCUAUUGUAGAAGAGGUCUUGAAGCUUGAACGAGAACAAGCUGCCCUCGCUCGUCGUAUUCAGGAGCUCCGAGCUGCUGCCGAGAGUACCGAAGGGCCCAAACCCGCAGCACCAGCGCCAGUAUUACCAUCGGUCGAGCAAGAGCGCGAGCGAGGACGAGAGAAGAGCAAGGACUUGAAGGUUAAAGUUGGCGAUCAGCCCCGAGCCAAGUCCCAGACGGUGCGCAAGCACACCGAUAAUGAGGGUGCUGUCUUCAAAGCUAUGCAAGAGCGCUCUCGCAAGACGGAACAACAGACCCCUCCCGAUUCGAACCGUAAACCAGAGCCCACCGUUAUCGCGCCUGAGGCUCGUUCCAUGGCUGCGGUUCCUCCCCAAGGGGAACCUUCUGGACGCGUACAUUUCAUGUCAGACAAGCCGAGUGCGGAAGACUUGCCUUCGCCAACGCCGCCUCGUGUGCGUACUCCAGGGCCCACGAAGAUCCACACACCAGCUCGUGUGCGCACCCCAAGCCCGAGAUCACACUCCCCAGUGAAUGUUGCAAGCACCUCAUCCUUUGUGCCCACUAUGGCCCGCGAAACCCCUGUGGUACAUGAGGCCGUACCGUCGGCACAUGAGGGUGUGGCGUCCUCGUCAUCCCCAAGGAUCCAUGCUAUUCCUUCACAGCCAACUUUACGACCCUCAGGAAAAUCACGAGAAGCUGGCCUUAAUGGAGCAAAUCCUGAAAGACCGAAGUCGGGUACUAUGCCGACCCUCAGCGUGCCUCAUGUGAACACCUCCAGCUCGCCUAUCGACGCUGCACACGAUCAAGGAGCGUCUCCACUCGGUGCCAGAACUCCACGGGCAACCAAUUUUGACCCUGACCGUACUCCUCGUGCCCAAACCGGCCCCGUCCCUGACUCGAACGAAAAACCGGGUUCGCCCCCACUCCCCCGCGUUUAUAUCAACCCCCAUCAGGCUCGAGCCCGUGCCGAUGGUGUUCCCGUAGAACCACCGGUGCGUAUGGAGGAGUCCUCUAGACGGCGGAUGGACGCCGCAGUGGGAGCUAAUGUUGCUGCGGCCGCGGCCGAGACUUUCGAUCGCGCGGGGGGCAAGAAACGAACCAAAGAAGCCGAGUUCCGGGCACAAGAGGAACGCCGGGUUGCCGAGGAGCAUUUGGCUCGAGAACAACGUCGCGCUGAAGAGGAGCGAAGAUUGCGCGAGGAGCAACGUGCUGAGGAGGCUCGGAGACGUGAGGCUACAGAACGCCGUGAGCGUGAGGAGCGAGCUCGCUACGAGCAACAGAAGCGAGAGGGCGAGGAACGGAAGCGUCGUUGGGCAAGCGACCCAUCGUAUGAACGAGCCUCUCGUGCACAGCAGCCCACCCGUGAGCCAUCGGCCUUGGACGCCUGGAACUCGUACGAAUUACGUUGGUCUGCACUGUCUGUCGCUUCGUCCAAUCAGCCUAUCAGCUUUCGAGACGUUCCCUGGCCACUUCUACGCGUUCCGACAGGCCCCGAGUCGAUCACUCCGCAGGCUGUUGGCGCAUUUAUCCUUUCUCCUUUACACUCCCAAGACAAAUCACGCAAGGAACGACUACGUAAUGCUAUGCUACGUUGGCACUCUGACAAGUUUGAAGGGCGAUGGAUGGCCCGUAUUGAAGAAGAAGACCGACCCAAAGUUAAAGAAGCUGUGGGUGCUGUCGCCCGCUCUCUGACCGAGCUCAUGACCAAGCCUGAUCUUUACUAA